AUGAACUCCAACAACACCAACCUCAUCAUCAACGACAUUGAAAAUCCCAAGGUUUCGGAAACAUUCAUCAAUAAAGCUUCUGACAGCAUCAACAGCCCCAAGUACUUUGUCGAGACACUAUACCUAGCAUGCGAUCAUCAUGGCUCGCCAAGAAAACACAAGGAAGAGGCUGGUGACAAGCCAAAGGCAAAGAGAAUCCACACAGAUUCUACCAAGGAUGGCUGCAAGACCAAGAUUAUAAAUACUUUGUGUGAUGGACAGAAGGUGCAAGACGAGAUUUGGUCAAGGCGGCCAAACGAUGUUAAGCAAUGGGUUGUCUUGCAUGUUGAUAACAGCAUGGAUUGGAAGACUAUCAAUACGCUUCUUCGUAUUCACCCCCAACGCUUAGAAGAAUUACUUGAAGCUGGUUUUACCAUUUCCAGCUUCCCGACGUCCCUACGCAUCAACUACAAUGAUGUACAGAAUGUCAUUAACGCUCAUUCGAACAAGCUUUCCGGGCGGGAUGCGGUUGACAAGACCAGUGUGGAGGAAUGGAUGUCAUUCUUGAAAAAUGAAAAAUGCUGUAUUGUCCAUAUGAAGUUCCAUGAAGGCAACGGCGCAUACCUGCUCUCCUGGGCCUCUCCUUGGCAGAAGAAGCAUAUGCUUGGGACUGCCGAUGAGUGGUAUAUUGGCUCCACCAGCAUUACGAAUAAGGGUGUCCCAGUUUGCUUCUUCAUUACUGAUGCUGACUCAAUUGAGAUGGGUGUCCUGGAGAAUGUCGUUUGGCAGAGUGUCCAGAUCCUAAGCGAUUGUUUGACUUCUUUGGAAGAAACAGAUAUUGCUUCCCAGUAG